GCGUACCCCAGACUUCAUGCUUACAUAUAUUUGACGAUGAAUCCGUUCGUGUGUCUCGUGUGAUUUUAUUUAUCCUACGUUUGUUUGGGCGGUUCGCAACUUUCAUUUAUACCUAUAUACAUAUAUCCGCGUAUAUACAUAUUUCUCUCUCACUAAUAUUCCGUGUCGCUCACACGAUACACAAGACAGCGUACACUGACGGAGGCUCUAUCGCAAUGGCGCGAACAGGCUUCUUCCACCAUAUCGGCACGUUCCUGCUAUUCGCAGCGACGGUGCUCUUAAUCAUCACCGAUAUUUCGGCUCCAGUCGUCAAUCGCAUUUCGAUGCUGAAAGUCGACCUCACUAGCGGUUCAUCCUCAUCAUUUAAUAACAAUGACCGCAAUCCCAGUAUCACCUUUGGCACCUUCGGGUACUGCGUGCGCGACACCCUAGCCUCGGGCCAAGACUUUUGCUCCAAAUCCGAAGUAGGCUAUAACCCCGUCUCCAUCAUCGACGAGAACGUAAACGGGCUCUCCUUCUCGGACGCGACGGAGGACUCGUCGAAGGCGCUCACGCGCGUCAUGAUCCUGCACCCGAUCGCGACGGGCCUCGCCUUCAUCGCCUUCCUGCUCGCGCUCGGCGCCGGCAUCGUGGGAAGCUUCCUCGCCGCGCUCAUUUCCUUACUUACCUUCGUCGUCACACUCGUCGCCCUCGUGUGCGACUUCGUCGCGUUCGCGAUCAUCAAGAACAAGAUCAACGACGCGGACGUCAGCGCCUCGGCUACCUGGGGCGCGGCGAGCUGGACGCUCCUGGCCUCGGCUAUCUGCAGUUUCUUGGCCACGUUCGUGGUCUUCUUCACGUGCUGUAGCGCACGCAUGCAUAGGCGGCGCGAAAACAGGGUUAAGAAUGUCCCGGAGGGCUACGGGACGCCCGGGAGGAGACGGUGGCGCUGGUAGCUCAGGGGUAGGGCGCCAGAGUGGGUUGUAAUGUUUGAUGUGUCUUUUCGAACGAAUUAUGACGAGUGCGAUGGCGUGCAGUGGAUGGGACAAUGGAGAAAGCGGUGUUAAAGAGACGGGAAAGGGAGAUGUUUCGUUUUUUUACGAAGCAUAUUGGUCGGCUUUAUACCCUUCACAAUUAAUGAAUGACUUUAUGGACGAAUCGAAUGCGGAAUUGAUACCACUGUAAAGAGAGUUAUGGCCUUGAAUUUUCUAUUGUUAGUUACUUAAU